AUGCGCAUAGACACACCCAUUUCCAGGGCUCUCCGCACUCCAGCGGUGGCCCUGCAGACCACUAGGCUAACGCAAACAAGAUGGUGUGGGCAGGAGUCUCUGAACGGAUCCGGUUUGCUUUACAAUCUCCGUCCCAUACAGCUUUACCAAUGGGAGAGGCUCCCCUGGACUGGAUGGCUGCUGUUCACCUGGGGCCUGCAGUGGAUCACUGCAGAGGAAUACGCAGGCAAAGACAUUGGGCUCAGCACCUGCAAGCUCACUGUAGGAGAGGAUGCAGCCACAUUGUCCAAGCACAUCGGGAAGACCAGGAAAACUGCCAAAGUGGGAAACUCCCUUCGUUACUUUGGUCUCCUUUCUGUGAAGGAAACUGAGGUUUGGGAUGUUGUCGGACAGCUUCUUCCCCUGUUCUUUUUGCAGGCAUCAGCUCAGUAUGAGAACCUCAGCUCCCCUGGCAUCCAGGAAUUGUCAAACAUGGCCCGGUUCUAUGUCAUGCAUCCAGCGCAUGACAUGAAGUGGACCCUGAAACUCAACCCCAAGGCCAGAACCUUUGAUCAGCAACUAGCAGACAAUAAAGCUGCUUUUAAAGAUCUCUGACCUUGUUCCCUCCUCCCUCAUUCAGGUUUAAACAGAAGAAAGUAGUGAAUAGCCAGAAUAGGAUGAUCAGUGUUGAACUGUUCUAUAUGUUCUGAACAGCUUUGAAAACAAGAAGGCUUUGUUUGCAAACUGUCAAGAAACACAGAAUCUACACAAGCAUGGGCAAAGGCAGAGUUAGGGUUCAGUGUUUGACUGGCCCAAAAAUCAUAGGUCAAUUGAUUGGUCAAAUAAUGUCAAAAAUGGCCACUACUUUAAAGCCCUAAUUUCUUAGAACAGUAAUAAAAAAAAUAAGACUUUAUGGUCACUCCAAGGCCUAAUGACAAAAAACAAGUUACUGAACUGAGGUAUUUUAACACAAAAAGUGCAACACAAUGAAAUGAAGUUCUAAAAAAAUGAAAUAAUGGCACCACGCUGGAAUCACCGAGAUAGGCUGCCACCUACA